AUGUACGAAGGGAUUGACAACCUGAAAUCCCUUUACGACCGUGCCGGGAAGACUUUCUCCGGCGGUCCUUCUGCGGCACAGGAUGUGCUGCGUCGUACUGCUCAACCAGACCCAGUACGUCGAUCAUCAGUUGGGAGCGGGGCUCCCAAGAAUCCCAGGACGGGGGAUAGCCGCGCCACCGGACGAGAUAACUCGUCCGACGUCCGUUCACGUCGCGGUGGUUCAACAGCUGCUCAACAAGAUAGCGCUGGCCACCGCGAGAGUCCUCUAAUGGAGGUGGAGGAGGAGGAAAGACACUCUCCACACGAUCAUGUGGAUCGGUGUGUUCCCGAGAGCUUCUUUGAUCGCGUAACGCAAGGGUUACGCGACGAUCUCGAACAUGAGCGGAAUAGGCGUCUCCAAAUGGCGGACACUGCCUCGAAGCAUCGAGCUGAGUUUGCCUUUGCUCAGCUUGAGAACGAGAGAUUUCUGACAUCUCUUCGUGACGAGCUAAGGGUAGCUCGUGGGAUUGUUGAUCGGUCUCGGGAUGAGAUAACUGCUCUUCAGACCCUUGUCGAUGCUCACCAUCGGGAGCACAAGGCUCUCUGUGAGAUGCUUGAACGCAAGGGCGUUCUUCAUCGGAAGAAGCAGCGUACUGAUGGUACGGCUUAA